CCCUAAUCUUCUAUUCUAAAGCAAUUAUUAAAAUUACACUGUUAUUCUCUGGUUCAUGGAUAUGUGCGUCUUUACGCACGGGAUUUUCUUUUUCCUAAUUUGCGCUGUAACGACUGGAAGACGUUUAUUGAUUAAUACAGACAGUUUUGGUGACAGAGAAGCAGUAUUAACCCGUCACACAUCACAUCUACCUGACGUUAAAGUCUCCCCAGCCGUCUCCAAACGCGCUAAGACGCGCCAAUCAAUCCUAUUGGCCGGAAAUAUGAAUCAUCUAGUGGGGAAUGACGAACGAGAUCACGACUCCGAGGGGUCUAUAUAAAGUCCAGAUGUGGAGGACAUCAAUCCAAAAUCUACGAGGCAUCAUAGAUCACAACACGCGCGUUUAGGUGAAGUUAACAAUGGAGAGGUCCGUCAGAUCCGUGCUGGUGUUCGUGGCUGUUUCCAUCCUCGUCUCCAGCCAUCCGACAGACGCCUGGUACAAGCAGUCCACCGGCCCGAGCUACUACUCCGUCGGGAGAGCCUCGGGUCUGCUGUCCGGGAUCCGGAGGUCGCCGUAUAUGCGCAGAUCUGAGACAGAAUCAGCGCAGGACAGCAGCGAGACACCCGGAGAAUCCAACAGCGUGACGCCCGACUUCAGCAGCAGACAAACACCUGUCCUCAAAAACAUGGACAUUUGCGUAAAGGACAUUUCUCCAAACCUACAAAGCUGCGAGCUGCUUCAGGACGGUUCGAGCACAUUUCGGUGCAAAGCAGACGUGUUUCUGUCGCUCGAUUCGCUGGACUGCUUCUCCUCCUGAGCUGAAACCGUCUCUCUCUCUCUCUCUCUCUCUGUCUCUCUCCAGACCCGAACAUCUCUUCAGUUUCAGGAGUAUUCACAGCCGAGGCGCGCUGCUGACGGUGAAUGUUUACUAGAUUUACAUCCGGGAUGUUCAGCGCUGCUCUUAAAGAUAUGCUUCUCUGCAAAGUUUAGUUCUGUAUCAAUAAUAACCAUUUUCAUUAUGAGUGAUAUUGUAAAUCCAUCCAACUUAUUAACGUCUGUGAAUGUGCGAGACUUUCUAUUAAUUAGUCGCUGUAAAGGUAAAUACCAGGAACGGGAAGAAUAACAAAAAAUUGCUGUAAACGGUAAAAUGUUUUGCGAUACAAGUCCAAAUGUUUAUAAUUACAAUAUAUUGCAUUAAAAAUAUAAGAAAUGCAAGUUUGCAAUAUCAAGCAGCACAUAACGAUUUGUUGUAGCGUUCAAAAAUAACCGGAAAUUGCCACGCCCACUCUUAGGUAGGAUAUAAAUAAGUUGGACAUGGUUUUGAUACAUACUAAAACUCAAAAGAAAUUGGGCAUCGUGACAUUAAAAUAUACAGUUAAAAGAUUGGUAAAAGUUUAGUAUAUUGGAAAUGCGAUAAGUGAAGUCAAACCGGAUUCAAGUCACUUCCAGUGUGAACACGAUUAGUUUCAGCUAUAUUUUGCAGGAAAACAAACCUCAGAGAGCCGUUUUGAGCAACCCUGGAUCACACAAUGUGGAGUUUGCAGCUUUAAAUUUAUAAAUGGUGGUAUUUUCAGUUCUCUUCUAUGCGCGCCUGUGUCCUGUACCUACUUUCAGAUGUAUUAAAUGUUCAUAAAAAGAGCUCACUGUUAUGAGCGAAAACUUUCAAAGAUGUUUUCUUUAUUUUAGUCAAAUUGAAAGAUAUACCAUUCAUUCAGUGUAUGCUUGUGUUGUAAAUUUGCACAGAUGUGAUAUGUUUUAUACACACAUUCAUUGUGCGAGAAAUCAACACAAAACAAAAUAUCAAAAACGUGUUCGUUUUUCAUAAUGUUUCUAUUCACAGUGCCUUUUUUGCUUUUACAAAAGUGUAAUUGAUUUUUAACUUGAAUGCUUUUAAAAAGCAGCAUUUAAAUAGCAAAAAUACAUUUCAUAUAAACCAAAUCUCAAUGAAUAAAUGGAUAAAGUUACAUUAUUUCAAAAAAAAAAAAAAAUGAAAUAAAAAAUGCUACAGGUUUGAUUAGGCUUCAUAUAGACUUCAUAGUGUCUAAAUGUGUU